UUAGAGGAGGAAAACAAGAAAAAAAAUAUUCUGAACCAAUGACUGCAAACAUAGUACAGGAAAUGACCAGAGACUGUGGAUGUACUACAGGAGAUGACCAGAGACUGCAGACAGUACAGGAGAUGACCAGAAACUGCGGACAUAGUACAGGAGAUGACCAGAGACUGCGGACAGUACAGGAGAUGACCAGAGACUGCGGACACAGUACAGGAGAUGACCAGAGACUGCGGACACAGUACAGGAGAUAACCAGAGAGUGCGGACAUAGUACAGGAGAUGACCAGAGACUGCGGAUAUUCUACAGGAGAUGACCAGAGACUGCGGACAUAGUACAGGAGAUGACCAGAGACUGCGGACAUAGUACAGGAGAUGACCAGAG